AAGGCAACGGUUGAAAGAGCAGGCAAACCCGGAAGACGGGCAAAACCGAUGGGCCCUAGCCGGGUCUCUGAUUCAACAGCUUGAAAGCAUGGUUGACCAAGACGACGUUGCGGCUAUUGAAGACCUUAUACAUAAAUACGGCAAAAUUGAGCUAUUGACGAGUGCCAAACAAGAAUUGAGCAAAAAGCUAGUUCUGAAGAAUAUAAAGACGCUCUACGACAAGUAUCUUGAUCUCACUGACAAGCUAAACGAUUUUGAGCUUUUGGAGUUGCCAAAGUUGAAAACUCACGACGCAAUUAGCCAUCUGGAGAAAUUACGCACGGAUGUGGAAGCUUACGAGAAGGCAGAGACUGACGGCCCCAGCGCGGCUGCAAGUCACACCGAGUACAUAGAACUUCUGCGUUCAAAGUUCCAGUCUGUAGCAGGAGGCGAGUUGAAAAGAAGGUUGACCUCGGAGUUUGAACUUCUCAUACGCGAUUGGGAUGACGAACAGAAGAGAAAUACUAGCGAAAUCGCUUCCAUGAGACAAACUUUCGGACAACUCGUUCAUUUGCAAUCCAUCAGCAAUUUUAAGGACCAGACGGACGCUUUCUGGGCGCUCGAUUGUUUGGCGUCCAAUUUCAAAGUGAAAUUUGUGUACCAUUUUGAAGGCUCUAGCGAGACCAACAAGCUUAACAAGCCCGAAUACGCCUUGAAUUACUUGGAAGCUUACAUGAAGAAGACCGUGCCCACGGCGGAGAAACUUUUUGGUAGCACUUUCAAACGAUACUUCCCUAACAGGAGCCUUAAGAAGAAUUUUAUUAUUUCCCUGCUUACCCCAGUGAAGCAGAAGUUUGACCGAGAAAUGGGAAUGGUCUCGAAACACGAAGGUCUUUUCAGUCACCUGAUUUUGGAGCUACAGAAAUUCGAUCAAAAUCUGAGCAAAACCUACAAUUUUACUGCUACAGAGCCAGAAUAUACGCAAUUGCUGACUUCUUCUCUCAUUCUAUCAAACGAAGACGUGUUCAACUUGUGGCUCAGUAACGAGAAGAAUUUCGUAAACCGCAGAUAUGAGGAGAUUAUGAGUAAAAAAGACGCUUUCUCAAUUGACAAGGACUUUGUGGAAAACGGCAAGACAAAGCCCACUAGGUCGGCAAUCAAUCUGAAGAGCUUGCUGGAGGGGAUAAGCAACAAUUAUGCGAUGCUACCAACGAAGUUCCAGGUGAAGUUUUUGAGCGAGGUGCAACUGAGACUGCUCAAUCUGUACUUUGCCAAUUUGAAACAAGGAUUCAACGCCCUGGACACCAUCAUUCACGGCAGGAUCAACGAUGAAGUGUCUGCUCUGGAGCGCAUCUGCCGAAUCUGGUGCUCCUCCAGUUAUAUCAUCGAAGCAAUGGCAACCUGGGGAGAAUCGAUUGUCUUUCUUGAGCUGUGGAGCUCAAUAAAUGGCAACUCCCGACUCGAAACAACCUUUUUUGACUCUGUUAUCAAGGGAUACAACAAGGAGCUAAUGAUGCAGCUUCCGCGCAAAAUGCACGCCUACUUCGAGCGACAGUUGAACAAGACGAUGAAGACGUACUUCAUAAGUCAAAGUUCGUGGGCCACACAGUCCGAAGACCAGCCUGUUCCUUCUCGAGAGCUCGACGUGCCUCUUGCUGCCCUGAAAAAGGACUUGACGUAUCUGCGCACAGUUGUUUCGUACAGCGAUUUUCUCAAGAUCCAGCUUAUUCUGUCGGAUGCAAUAACAAGCUACUUUGAGAAAAAUGUCAUCUAUUGCAACAAGUUCAGUGUGGGUGGUGCGUUGCAGUUGGAAGCAGAUUACAACGAGUUUUACCAAUCGCUUGGUUUGCUGCGCGACAACGCGCAUUUUGGCAAAACUCAGGAGAUUAUCUCCGUCCUCAAGUGCCACAACAUAACUGACGCCUAUUCGCUGCCCUUCAACUGGCUCAAGCAGUACCAGGUCAACGAACUGGUGUCGCGCAAAAAUCUAUAGUACAAUUGCAUCAUACACUACUAAAUAAAUUAUCAAAUCUAAA